AUGUCUGCAAUCACCAGCUCGUACCCGGCUCUGUCGAGCAUGGUGCAACCGGCCGUGAGCGCCGUGGUCUCGAGCGAGGACAACUGGAAGGGCAAGACAAGCCCGGCCGAGAGGAGGAAGAUCCAGAACAGGCUCAAUCAGCGGACGUGGAGACAGCGACGGAAGGUGGAAAGACUGCGCCAAGGCCAGGGAGCGGCCCGCGGCGCUGGUGCAAGCAUCUCGCCGACCGAGUCCACGGCCCUUGUCCCGCGCAAGACCUCGUCGUCUUCCACCGCCUCUGAAGAUACCUCUCCUUCCAGCGACGAUGCGGAGACGUACAUGUACACCACGGCCAUGGAGCUCUCACGCCCCAGCGCGAGGCGCUCGAGGGCCAAUGGGGAACGAUUAUAUGCCAAGCACGCGACGUUGAUGGCGCUGACGUAUAUCGGACGCAGGCGGCAGCUGCUGGACCUGCAGGAUGAGGACAUGGACGAGCUGUACGACCUGUUCCUGAUGAAGGCGAUGCACUCGGGGACGGACCCAAUGUCGGACUCGCUGAUCCCGCUGGUGCAGUUCAACCUCUUCCGGGGGCUGAUGGAGAACAUGAAGACGCUGGGGAUCACGAUGCCGAUGGUCUGCGACGAGGACUGUGCGUCGCCGUUCGGGACGGACCCGCGGUAUAACGUGCGGACGGUGUGGAGCGUGCCGGUGUAUCUGCGGCCGACGGAGACGCAGCUGACGGUGGUGCACCAUCCCUGGCUGGACUUUUUGCCGCUUCCGCGCAUGCGGGAUAACCUUAUCAAGGCGGACGGGAGCUAUGACGACGAGGAGCUGUGCCUCGACAUGAUUGGCGACGGAGACGCGCCGUCCGGGAAGGGGGAGAUGAUUCUGUGGGGAGACCCUUGGGACCCGAUGAACUGGGAGGUGACGGAGCUGUUUGUCAACAAGUGGCGUUGGGUGUUGGAGGGGUGCGAGGAGAUGAUUCGGUCGUCGAACUUUUGGCGGGCGCAGAGGGGGGAAAAGAAGAUGCGGGUGAAGCUUCGCGGAUGA